AAUCUCUGAGUGUUUGUUUGUUCCAGAAACUGACCCAAAUCCCCAUAGAGAAACACAACAUGAGAUCUGGCAACCUUCCAGACAACAUCAAGAAAAACAGGGUUCUGCAGAUCCUGCCAUAUGACACAUCCAGAGUGUACAUCACCCCCACAGUGGGUAUGAAGAACUCAGACUACAUCAAUGCAGCCUUUGUCGAUGGAUACAGAGAGAAGGAUGCCUAUAUCGCCACCCAAGGCCCCCUACCCAACACGGUGACCGACUUCUGGAAGAUGGUUUGGGAAUGGAAGUCCUGCUCUAUCAUCAUGCUGACAGAGCUGGAGGAGAGGGGUCAUGAAAAGUGCCAUAAGUACUGGCCAGGUGAAGUAGAGAUGUAUGGAGACAUCUGUGUGGAGGCUAAAGGAGACAAAACCUUUCAGGACUACACCGUCCGCACCUUUCACAUCACCAACACUAAGACCCACAAAUUCCAGAAGCAUGCUGAAGGAGAGACAGAGGGACUGCUGGAAAAGAAGGCGUCCUGUCGUACCAUUCAGCAGUUCCACUUCCAUGGCUGGCCAGAGAUCGGCAUCCCUGCCAACGCUGCCGGCAUGCUGGACCUGAUUGGUCAGGUGGAGAGGCAACAGCAGCAGUCCGGAAAUGGACCAAUCACAGUGCACUGCAGUUCUGGUGCAGGCCGCACAGGGGCGUUCAUAACCCUGAGCACAGUGAUUGAGCGGGUGAAGGCAGAGGGCAUCUGUGAUGUUUUCCAAACUGUGAAGUCCAUGAGAUACCAGAGACCUCACAUGGUGCAAACAGUGGAACAGUACCAGUUCAUCUAUCAGGCAGUACUGGAGUAUCUGGACAGUUUCACUCUCUAUGCAAACUUUAAGGACCUGCAGUAGCCUAGCCUGUCUAACUCCUCACUGUCCAAGACCAAAACCCUGGAGGUCUGUGUCCGCAGAGCUUGUAGACAUAAACCUCUAACUCAGGAGAACCCUUGGAAUAAGAAUCAACCACUAAUGAGAGGCUCGUAUAAAAGUCAAAGUGGAUCUUGUCCCAAACAAAACAAUUUUGAUUAGAACUGAUCAAAACCCUCGACAACCGAAAGCUCAAACUGUGAAAUAAUCAAAUUUCAGUCGAUGACAUUGGCAAAAUUAGGGAGGGGGAGGGUACUAUUCUCAUUCCUUUUUUUCUUGUGGAGUCCUAGAAAGUGUUGUGAGGACAAUUUCUCAUCAAAGUUUCUUGUCUGUUUAACAGCAUCUAUUGGAAAGCUGGAUCUCUCUCUCUACUAUUUGGUGUGGAAAGUCUUUUUAAAGUGGAAACAUUCCAAUCCAGUGUUUUGGGACCAAACUUUAUGUGUCUCUAUGUUGAGCUGGCAGCACAGGCAUCACAUUAUAGUUGGCUGGCUUAUGUGGUUAUCCUUGACAAAGGAGCUGUCAACAUGUAUUGGUUGCAUAUCCCUAUUGUGUGACUUAGUAGAGAUGGUUUUCAACAGGAGCUGAAAAAUGGUACAUGGUUACUGCAAAGAGAGGAAUGUCAAAGUGUCCAAUGUCUAGCAUUGAAGCCCUUGCAUUUUG